CACAAGCAAACUCGCCUCCCCGCCCCGCUUGCCAUGUCCCGCCCGCUCAGCAGCCAGUACGCCGCCCUCCUCUCUGCCGCCGCCCGCACCGAGCCGCACGUCGCUGGCGCACUCCACUGCGUCAUCCUCAGGACCCUACCACACCCGCCGCCCACCUACCUCCUCAACCACCUGCUCACCGCCUAUGGCAAGGCUGGCCGCCACGCGCGCGCGCGCCGCGUGUUCGACGCAAUGCCCCACCCGAACCUCUUCACCUACAACGCGCUCCUCUCCACUCUCGCCCACGCUAGGCUCCUCAGUGACAUGGAGGCCCUCUUCGCAUCCAUGACACAGCGCGACAUUGUCUCCUACAAUGCGGUCAUCGCCGGCUUCUCUGGUGGUGGCUCGCAUGCUCAGGCAGUCAGGGUGUACCUCGCGUUACUUCAGGCGGAUAGUAGCGUCAGGCCUAGCCGAAUCACAAUGUCGACCAUGGUCAUGGCAGCAUCGGCCUUGGGUGACCGCGCCCUUGGUAAGCAGUUUCAUUGUCAGAUUCUGCGGCUUGGGUUUGGGGCGAAUGCCUUUGUCGGGAGCCCACUGGUUGAUAUGUAUGCCAAGAUGAGCCUCGUUGGAGAUGCCAAGCGAGCCUUCGAUGAAGUGGACAGCAAGAAUGUGGUGAUGUAUAACACGAUGAUCACCGGGCUGCUCCGAUGCAAGAUGGUUGAAGAAGCAAGGCGAUUGUUUGAGGUAAUGACGGACAGAGAUUCCAUUACAUGGACCACAAUGGUUACGGGGUUCACCCAGAAUGGAUUGGAGUCAGAGGCUCUUGAAAUUUUUAGGAGGAUGAGGUUUCAGGGCAUUGCUAUUGAUCAGUACACCUUCGGAAGCAUCCUUACAGCUUGCGGUGCCCUUUCAGCCUUGGAACAGGGGAAACAGAUCCAUGCCUACAUAAUUAGGACUCGCUACGAUGACAAUGUCUUUGUCGGGAGUGCGCUUGUUGACAUGUACUCAAAGUGCAGGAGCAUCAAACUGGCAGAAACUGUUUUCAGGAGGAUGACGUGCAAAAACAUCAUCUCGUGGACUGCAUUGAUUGUUGGUUAUGGACAGAAUGGGUGCAGUGAGGAGGCUGUCAGGGUGUUCUCUGAGAUGCAAAGGGAUGGCAUUGAUCCUGAUGAUUACACCCUAGGAAGUGUUAUAAGUUCUUGCGCUAACCUAGCAAGCUUAGAGGAAGGAGCUCAGUUCCACUGCCUAGCGCUUGUGUCAGGAUUGAUGCAUUACAUCACAGUGUCCAAUGCACUAGUUACCUUGUAUGGGAAGUGUGGUAGCAUUGAGGAUGCACACAGAUUGUUUGAUGAGAUGUCGUUUCACGAUCAAGUCUCCUGGACAGCACUUGUCUCUGGGUACGCUCAGUUUGGGAGGGCAAAAGAAACUAUCGAUUUGUUUGAGAAGAUGUUGGCUAAGGGCGUGAAGCCUGAUGGAGUAACAUUUAUCGGCGUUCUUUCUGCUUGCAGUCGUGCCGGGUUUGUUGAGAAAGGCCGCAGCUACUUCCAUUCCAUGCAGAAGGACCAUGGUAUUGUGCCCAUAGAUGAUCACUACACCUGUAUGAUUGACUUGUAUAGCAGAUCUGGGAAAUUAAAAGAAGCUGAGGAGUUCAUAAAGCAGAUGCCGAUGCACCCUGACGCAAUUGGAUGGGGAACAUUGCUGAGUGCUUGCAGGUUGCGUGGUGACAUGGAAAUCGGCAAAUGGGCUGCUGAGAAUCUCUUAGAAAUCGAUCCUCAGAACCCGGCAAGCUACGUGUUGCUAUGCAGCAUGCAUGCUGCUAAAGGUCAAUGGAAUGAGGUUGCCCAGCUAAGGCGUGGAAUGAGGGACAGGCAAGUGAAGAAGGAGCCAGGUUGUAGCUGGAUCAAGUAUAAGAAUAAAGUUCACAUCUUUUCUGCUGAUGACCAGUCUCACCCCUGCUCCAAGGGAAUUUAUGAAAAGCUUGAGUGGCUCAACUCCAAGAUGCUUGAAGAAGGAUACAAACCUGAUGUCAGUUCAGUGCUGCAUGAUGUUGCAGAUACUGAUAAGGUUCACAUGGUCAGCCAUCACAGCGAAAAGCUUGCGAUUGCUUUCGGAUUAAUAUUUGUUCCACAGGAAAUGCCAAUUCGAAUUGUCAAGAAUCUGCGGGUUUGUGUAGAUUGUCACAAUGCUACAAAGUUCAUAUCUAAGAUUACUGGCCGUGAUAUUCUUGUGAGGGAUGCUGUUAGAUUUCACAAGUUCAGCGAUGGGGUAUGCUCUUGUGGAGACUUCUGGUGAUGACAAUCUUUCUGACUGUGACCAAUAUCAUUCAUUCAAGCAUGAAAUUUGACUGGGAGUUUGACCAAUAUAUUGAGCACUGCUAAAGAAGCUGAAUUCGUGGUGUUCAGUUCUUCAGAGAUUGCUUCCGGUGUUGCUCUUGCUGCAACCGGGGAAUGCAGACGUUCUUUGAUCGAGAGAGCUACUGCUAGGUCUGUUCCCGAGCAUUUUUCCAUGGUGUUCUCUAUUUCAAUUGAAUGCCAUAGAAAUAGUUGUGGAUAUACAAUAUUGCUGCAGUUGUUUUCGAGAAAAAACAUUGCUGCAGCUUAAAUCAGGUGGACAUAUAUUUGUGAGAGGGUGACAAAGCUGUUCUAGGUUCUCUCCUUAACUUUGGCACAACCAGCUUGUGAAGUAUUAAUGUCUGGUUUACAUCAGCUGGAAUAGCAGAUUUAAUUCAAGGGGCUAAUAUGCAGUCAAAUGAAGAACAAUGAUGAUGAGCCUAUGUCAAUGACAUUGCUUUCUGGAAUGUCUAUCAAUCUUUGUCUGAAGAUUGCGUGAAGCGACCAUAUUUCUUGGCCAGGUAGAUUCACCAAACAUGAAUUGCUGCCAAGACCUAAGUUCCUAAGUUGAUUCCUUCUAUUUUUCUAUUUUUAAGUCUUGUCUACCUUUUUUAGUUGGUCUUGCAAGUGCUUAUGUGGAUCUAACUAACACUCGCUUGUUUAAGUAUUUAUAACCAGGGUAUGAUUUAAAUAUUACUGUAAUACACAAUAUAUCACGUUAAAGAAUCUAUCUAAUUAUGUA